GCCUGGGCAACAUAGUGAGACUCCGUCUCAAAAACAAACAAAUAAAAGAUUAUUUAGUACUUGCCUUUGUUUCUGUACCUAAAGGCUGCUGAGUUUGUGACUUUAGAAACGUACACAUAUAAUUGAGAGCCUAUCCAGUAUAAAUUUUUAACUUUUUAUUUCCAUUUAAUACUAUAAAGUAAAUAUUCCUCAUAGUCAUAAAUUUUUCAUAAUCAUGUUUUGAAUUACAUAGUAAUCCACUGAACUAAUCAUAUUUAGUUUACUAACUUAAGCUUUCUCUAUUGUUUAGGCUAGAAUUCUAUAGAUUAUAUUAUCACUCUGAAAAAGAAAAAACAUUACAGAAAAAAGAAUAUUAAUUCUUUAUAUAUCAUAUUAAGAUGUUAAUAGUGAUACCUUUUGAUAGUUUAGAUUGCAUACCAUCUUUUCAUCCAUUAUUUUAAAUAGGUUUUCCAGGUUUUUCUUUAAUGAACUUGAAUUUGGUUUUAAUGGAGUUUUUAUCUGUCAUCUCUGCUGUGUAAUGAGAGAGGAUAUUCUAAAGCAAAGAACAGUUGGUUGCCUUCCGCCUUCCACCUCCCAGUCUAAUCUCAUGUGAAACCCCUCUUGUGAUUUAGGUAUAGAUUUUUUGUGUGCAUAUACUGACUGCUGGCCAAUGGAUGAGGUGUUCCUAGAUUUUUGUAGGUCAUGUAACAGGACAUUUUCUUAAAGAAGCCUUUCCCAAAACUUGAAGUUGUUUUCUUGAUGUGAAUGGAUUUGCAUAGGAAAUUCGCAUUAAGAAGUAUUUCUUCCCUGUACAUUGGGGAAAUAUGGGAGGCAGUGAUCUGUCAACUUUAGAUUGUACCCUAAGUUCUUUGGCUCUGUAGGGUAAAUAGGUGCACACUAAGAGCCUACUAUUGUAUGUCUGUUGGUACUGUUUACAGUUUGAGGUAGGAGAUUUGCAUUCAACAAUUGUAUUCAGUGUUUUCAUCAGACAUGGAUCAAGGCACAUAUUUUAGGGCCAGACCAAUUACUGUAGCAUUUGUAUAAACCACACUAAUCAGGUCUUUACUAGGUACCUGGUCCAUAACAAAACUUGAAUUUUUUUCCAGGAGGUUUCAUUUUUUCCUUCACAAGAUGAUUCUUAGUUACCUGUCUGCCCUUAGUGUUUUCUUACAUUCUCCUACUCCGAAUUAGGUAGGAUCACUCUGUCUGGGGCCAUAAAUUGUCAGCUACUGCCUGCACAGUCCUUGGGAAGAAGCACCAAACUUUCUGGUAUAAUCUCUGUCACAAAAUAUCUUACCCUCAAGAGUCCCACAUGGCUCUCAACCCUUACUGAGCUCAUGUUCACUUCUUAGCAGAGGCAUCAUGGAGACAGCAUUAGCGUAUUUUCUUGCUCAGUCAAGAUUUGCAGUGGACCUCAACGUUGCAGUUUGACAAAAGGCUGCAUCUAGUUGGUGCUGGUAAAGCACAUAGACAAGGAAGAUGUCAGUCCACAUCCGAAAAAAUAUCCAUGGCUGAGGUUGGGACUUAGGAUAUGCUCUUAUCAACUUAAAAAUUGAAUUAUUCAACCAAUAGUAAAUUAUCAAGUAGGGUUUUUGUUCACAUAUUGUUUUAAAAUGACCAUUGUUGUAAUUACUAAUAUAGCACAGUGUUAAGAGGGCUUGCUUGGGAGUUUGUGGUUCUCAAACUUGAAGGUACUUAAGAGUCACUUGGGAAGCAUUUUAAACAUAAAAAUUCCCAGGUUCCCCCCGCCCCUAAACAUUUUGAUGGGGAGAGGAUACACCAAUCUGCAUAUGUAACUAGUGCCCCAGGCAAUUCUCAGGCGAACUAUUAUGUUAACCUAGAUAUUAGAUGUUAGAAUAUGUUCCUUUAGCAGUCAGGUGAUAGUAUUUGGUGAACCAGAGUGGUAUUUAUGUAGAGUUGGAUAAAACACAUUUCACUGAUUAUAAAACAAUUUACUAGCGUUAAUUCUUUUUCAUUUUUAGAAAUUUAUGACCUUGUAAUCUGAAUGUUUAUAAAAUACUAGAGAGGUGAUGCUGAUAAUUUCUUGAAAGUUCUUUUUUAUCAUAAAAGUUCCAGAAGCAAAAUACUUGUUUUAGUAAUUAAUCUACCUUGAGACUCAGUUAUUAAUCAUUAAAAACCAAUACAUUACAUAAAAUGAUAAAGGAGAAUCCAUUUGUAAUAAAGCGCUAUCAUUAGAUAGUCAGAGUUUAAUGUAGGCAGCACCUUUGAACAACUUAGAGCCAGUGCCAGAUAAUGUGUAAGAUCCUGCCUGGUGUAGAAAUUUGGAUAUGAAUGACAAAGAUUCUUUUAGUGAAAUCAUUUUAACAGUCAGAACUAUUUGCAGAGAGAAUCCUCUUGUAUGUUUUAAUUCAGUUCAUAUUUAUAAUUUAUAUAAGCAGUGAAGGUGCCAUUGGAUUUUACUACAGACUGUGGUUGAAACGUGGUAAUCCAGGGUUUUUCCACCCAGUGCAUUAAAUUAGGCAGCCCCACAGGGUCUUGGUAGUCCAGUGUUUGUAGCAUCCUUCUUUACCUGCUAAUCGACCUCACUUCCUGGAUUUCAAUCCAUCUAGUUAUCAGCUAACAAAAGAACAGCUUUUGGUUCCUGCAGACGCUGGUGAAAAAAUAAUCAUGAGAAAGAAAUCCACCUUAUGUCGUCUUUUUUGUCUGCAAAAAUAAACUCAGCCAUCAUACAGCUAACAGGUACAGAGGGAAGAUACGAGCUCUUUCAUAGGAAGAAAUCGCUGAGAAAAUGAGCAUCAUUUCUCAAGGUUUUUAUUUUCACUGAUCUACAAGUGAUGCUGCUGUAAUUCUAGCUGCAGUUUUUACCGAUCAUUCACCACUCAGCAGCUGGUAGAGAAGUAAGCCUGCUUGGCAACCACCUGCAGGGCUGCAGAGAUGAAUUACAUUUUCGGAAACAACACACUUCUAUACUCUCGCGGCAGUCGAGGAGGCAAUACUAGCUCUAGCCAUGGCUCAGCAGGCCCAAAGCAGAAACACUGGGCAAAAAAGGGCUCGUCAGAUGAACUGCAAGCUGAGCCAGAACCUUCACGCUGGCAGCAGAUAGUUGCAUUUUUCACUCGAAGACACAGCUUUAUUGACUGCAUCUCGGUAGCCACCAGCUCCACCCAGCCAACAGAAGCUGUUCUUCCCUCUCCUCCCACUGUCCCUGUGAUCCCUGUCCUGCCAGUCCCUGCUGAGAAUACUGUCAUCCUACCCACCAUACCACAGGCAAAUCCUCCUCCAGUACUGGUCAACACAGAUAGCUUGGAAACACCCACUUAUGUUAAUGGCACAGAUGCAGAUUAUGAAUAUGAAGAAAUCACACUUGAAAGGGGAAAUUCAGGGCUUGGUUUCAGCAUUGCAGGAGGUACAGACAACCCACACAUUGGAGAUGACUCAAGUAUUUUCAUUACCAAAAUUAUCACAGGGGGAGCAGCCGCCCAAGAUGGAAGAUUGCGGGUCAAUGACUGUAUAUUACGAGUAAAUGAAGUAGAUGUUUGUGAUGUAACACAUAGCAAAGCAGUUGAAGCACUGAAAGAAGCAGGGUCUAUUGUACGCUUGUAUGUAAAAAGAAGGAAACCAGUGUCAGAAAAAAUAAUGGAAAUAAAGCUCAUUAAAGGUCCUAAAGGUCUUGGGUUUAGCAUUGCCGGAGGUGUUGGAAAUCAGCAUAUUCCUGGGGAUAAUAGCAUCUAUGUAACCAAAAUAAUUGAAGGAGGUGCAGCACAUAAGGAUGGCAAACUUCAGAUUGGAGAUAAACUUCUAGCAGUGAAUAACGUAUGUUUAGAAGAAGUUACUCAUGAAGAAGCAGUAACUGCCUUAAAGAACACAUCUGAUUUUGUUUAUUUGAAAGUGGCAAAACCCACAAGUAUGUAUAUGAAUGAUGGCUGUGCACCACCUGAUAUCACCAACUCUUCUUCUCAGCCUGUUGAUAACCAUGUUAGCCCAUCUUCCUUCUUGGGCCAGACACCAGCAUCACCAGCCAGAUACUCACCAGUUUCUAAAGCAGUACUUGGAGAUGAUGAAAUUACAAGGGAACCUAGAAAAGUUGUUCUUCAUCGUGGCUCAACGGGCCUUGGUUUCAACAUUGUAGGAGGAGAAGAUGGAGAAGGAAUAUUUAUUUCCUUUAUCUUAGCCGGAGGACCUGCUGAUCUAAGUGGAGAGCUCAGAAAAGGAGAUCGUAUUAUAUCGGUAAACAGUGUUGACCUCAGAGCUGCUAGUCAUGAGCAGGCAGCAGCUGCAUUGAAAAAUGCUGGCCAAGCUGUCACAAUUGUUGCACAAUAUCGACCUGAAGAAUACAGUCGUUUUGAAGCUAAAAUACAUGAUUUACGGGAGCAGAUGAUGAAUAGUAGUAUUAGUUCAGGGUCAGGUUCUCUUCGAACUAGCCAGAAGCGAUCCCUCUAUGUCAGAGCCCUUUUUGAUUAUGACAAGACUAAAGACAGUGGCCUUCCCAGUCAGGGAUUGAACUUCAAAUUUGGAGAUAUCCUCCAUGUUAUUAAUGCUUCUGAUGAUGAAUGGUGGCAAGCCAGGCAGGUUACACCAGAUGGUGAGAGUGAUGAGGUUGGAGUGAUUCCCAGUAAACGCAGAGUUGAGAAGAAAGAACGAGCCCGAUUAAAAACAGUGAAAUUCAAUUCUAAAACGAGAGAUAAAGGGCAGUCAUUCAAUGACAAGCGUAAAAAGAACCUCUUUUCCCGAAAAUUCCCCUUCUACAAGAACAAGGACCAGAGUGAGCAGGAAACAAGUGAUGCUGACCAGCAUGUAACUUCUAAUGCCAGCGAUAGUGAAAGUAGUUACCUAAUCUUGAUUACAGAUGAGUAUGGCUGCUCAAAAGGUGGUCAAGAAGAAUACGUCUUAUCUUACGAACCAGUGAAUCAACAAGAAGUUAAUUAUACUCGACCAGUGAUCGUAUUGGGACCUAUGAAAGACAGGAUAAAUGAUGACUUGAUCUCAGAAUUUCCUGACAAAUUUGGAUCCUGUGUUCCUCAUACAACUAGACCAAAACGAGAUUAUGAGGUGGAUGGAAGAGAUUAUCAUUUUGUGACUUCAAGAGAGCAGAUGGAAAAAGAUAUCCAGGAACAUAAAUUCAUUGAAGCUGGCCAGUAUAACAAUCAUCUAUAUGGAACAAGCGUUCAGUCUGUGCGAGAAGUCGCAGAAAAGGGCAAACACUGUAUCCUUGAUGUGUCUGGAAAUGCCAUAAAGAGAUUACAGAUUGCACAGCUUUACCCUAUCUCCAUUUUUAUUAAGCCCAAAUCCAUGGAAAAUAUCAUGGAAAUGAAUAAGCGUCUAACAGAAGAACAAGCCAGAAAAACAUUUGAGAGAGCCAUGAAACUGGAACAGGAGUUUACUGAACAUUUCACAGCUAUUGUACAGGGGGAUACGCUGGAAGACAUUUACAACCAAGUGAAACAGAUCAUAGAAGAACAGUCUGGUUCUUACAUCUGGGUUCCAGCAAAAGAAAAGUUAUGAAAACUCACGUUUCUCUGUUUGUUUUCCACAAUUCCAUUUUCUUCGGCAUCCCUUUGCCCGUUCCUCUGGAGUCUUCUUCAGUACUGAUUUCAUGUUGAAUUAUAUCCCACACAUCAUGGUCUGCAAUUGCGCUUCUUUUUCACAUGUAGUGUCUCCUUCAAGUUACAUCGUGUGUAUUAUUUAAUGUCACUAUUGGUUAGUGGCCAUUUUUCAGAACUGAAGAUAGAAUGGCCUGACCAGCUAUUAAGAAUUUGGGGAGACGCAGAAAUUGUGGUAAAAAUCCUUAAUGUUUAAGGGAAAGUAACUUUAAGAGAUUUUUGGAAAAGCUUUAUAUACAUUCUUUUCAAAUUUCAGUACAAAUGAAAAAGUGGUUUUAAUCAGUGAUUUAGUAGACUUUGAGCAACUCUGCACGCUGAAGUUUAAUAGCAUGGUUUGGCCAAUGUAUUACUCUCAAGUCCUUUUCUCAAUCAACUUCUAUCAUCAAAGCAAUUGUUUCAUUAUAGAUAAAUAAGGAAAACAUUUUUUAAUUUAAAAAUUCAUGUCUGAGUUGACUUUCAUAAGGGAUUUCAUCUUUCCUCAGCAUUCUUAAAGCCUUUUAGUAUUUGAGGGUUCUUUUUUCCCAGGACAUUUGCUAGGAAUAACGUUUCAAUGUUUUUAAUCUACUUGAGCAACACUAUCGUGUCUUACAAAAGUUGUUCAUAUGUAAAUGAUCAUAUUUCGUGAAUUGAGGCCAUGUUCAGGUGCUAAGGAAGUUCACCUUUUACACAGAAGGUUGAGAAAAUUUCCUAGAUAUAAAUACAGAUAAAUCAGACAUUACAGGGGUGAUGUAGUAACCGUAAUGGCAAUGGAAAGGAGUCCAAUUCAUAGCCUAAAACUUAAAAUGUAUUCUUAGGAGUCAGAUUUUACUGAAUAUUUUACCCACAAUAGCUGCCUAUUUUGUUAUAAUAAAAUAUAUAUAAAUAUAUAUAUAAAACUUUCUUUAAACUGUAACUAUGGGAAUUAUUUUCUUUACAUAGUUGCACACACACACACACAAACAUAUAUAUAUAUUUAAAAUAUAUUUUGUUUCUUUUGCCACCUACUCCUUUUUGUUUGGUUUUUAAAUUAAAUAUUAAUUGAAUAGACUUAUCUUCCUUGAUCAUGUGAACUGAAAAUGGGGACAUGGUGGUCAUGAGGAGGAAACAUUUAGGGAAAUGAGAUUCUAAGUAAAAUAUGGGCAUAUUCUCCUCUUUUCUACAAAAGUUUUCAAAUGGUUCCUGAGGUUUUUUGUUGUUGUUCUUGUUACUGUUCUUGUCAUCAGAUUUGAUUUUGGUCCUUGCCCUUUCCUGCUGGUUCUCGUUUUAUUAAUAGGAAGGCAGGCAAAAGCCCCAUUUAUGUGUGUGUUGUCCCCUCAGACAGCUUUCAUCCACUGCUCUGCACUAGAAUUGCACAAAUCUUCAUGGUGAGCAAUUUUAAGAAAUGUUAGUGAAAGGUAGAAGUUAUUUCAGAAACCAGUUUCUCUGGUCCUUCAUAUUAAUAAUAAUAUUUGGCUUCCCAUUGCUCUUUGGAGUUGUUUAUUAAAUAUGUGUUUUUGACAACCUCCUCAUUACAGUUUCUUAAAGAAAUGAGUACUGGUUUGUAAAGAAUUAUCAGCAUUAUCCAUUCCAUUUAUGAAGAAGAGGAGAACAGCUAAUAAACUGUAUUGUAAAAUCCA